UCACAUAUCAGGCUGCAGCACAGACACAGAAUCCACCAGGAGCUCCGGACCAGACCCACCCGACACAAUGUCUCGGUUCCUGGAUCUGGACGAGUUUGGAGAAGCUGCCCGCUUCAUCCGUCUCACCAACCUGGAGCAGCUGGCGGCCAUGGCCCAGGCCUAUGAUGGUACGAAGCGUGUCUGGAUGCCUGACGAGACCGAAGCGUAUAUAGAAGUGGAGCUGAAAGAAGUGAAUGGAGACAAGUCCACUGUGGAGACCAAGGACGGACGGUUCCUGGUGGUGAAAGGAGACGACCUCCAGCUCAUGAACCCGGCGAGGUUCGACAUGUUGGAGGACAUGGCCAUGUUGACCAACCUGAACGAAGCCUCUGUCCUCUUCAACCUGAGGAGAAGAUACAGCAUGUGGAUGAUCUACACCUACUCGGGGCUGUUCUGUGUCACAGUCAAUCCGUACAAGUGGCUGCCGGUCUACUCUCGUGAGGUGGUCAGGGCCUAUAGAGGAAGGCGGCGCACAGAGACUCCGCCCCACAUCUACGCCAUCGCCGACAACGCCUACACCGACCUGCUGCAGAAUCGAGAGAACCAGUCGAUGCUCAUCACAGGUGAGUCGGGUGCAGGGAAAACAGUCAACACUAAGAGAGUGAUUCAGUAUUUCGCCAUCAUCGCUUCUCUGGGAGAACAUGUGAAGAAAGAAGGAAACUUGGAGGACCAGAUCAUUGAAGCUAAUCCGGCUAUGGAGGCGUUCGGCAACGCAAAAACCAUGAGAAACGACAACUCCUCUCGUUUUGGAAAGUUCAUCAGGAUUCACUUCGGGACGACAGGGAAGCUGGCGUCUGCCGACAUCGACAUCUAUCUUCUGGAAAAAUCCAGAGUCGUGUUCCAACAGCCGGGAGAGAGGAGCUACCACAUCUACUACCAGAUCAUGUCCAAUCACAUGCCAGAGCUACAAGACAUGUUGCUGGUGACCACCAACCCCUACGACUACCACUUCUGCUGCCAGGGUGAGACCAAGGUGGAGAGCAUCAACGACGCGGAGGAGCUGAAGCUCACGGACCACGCCAUGGACACGCUGGGCUUCACUCCUGAGGAGAAGUACGGCUGCUAUAAGAUCGUUGGCGCCAUCAUGCACUUUGGUAACAUGAAGUUCAAGAAGAAACAGAGGGAGGAGCAGGCCGAGGCCGACGGUACCGAGAGUGAGGAUAAGGCCGCCUACCUGAUGGGCAUCAGCUCGGCCGACCUGCUGAAAGGCCUCCUGAACCCCCGCGUCAAGGUCGGGAACGAGUUCAUCGUGAAAGGUCAAACUGUGGAGCAGGUUAACUUUUCAGUUGCAGCUCUGGCUAAGUCCACGUACGACCGCAUGUUCAAGUGGUUGGUGGGUCGCAUCAACUCGUCCUUAUACACCCCGCUGCCUCGCCAGUACUUCAUCGGAGUCCUCGACAUCGCCGGCUUCGAGAUCUUUGAGUUCAAUAACUUUGAGCAGCUGUGCAUCAACUUCACCAACGAAAGGCUGCAGCAGUAUUUCAACCACCACAUGUUCAUCCAGGAGCAGGAGGACUACAAGACAGAGGGGAUAGAGUGGACCUUCAUCGACUUCGGGUUGGACCUACAGGCCUGCAUUGACCUCAUAGAGAAACCCAUGGGUAUUCUGUCCAUCAUGGAAGAGGAGUGUAUGUUCCCCAAGGCCACGGACCAGAGCUUUAAAACCAAACUCUAUGACAACCAUCUGGGGAAGUCGCCCAACUUCCAGAGGCCGAGGCCGGACAAGAAGCGCAAAUACGAGUCGCACUUCGAGCUGGUUCACUAUGCUGGAGUGGUUCCGUACAACAUCACAGGCUGGCUGGAUAAAAACAGAGAUCCUCUGAAUGAGACGGUGGUGGUUCUGUUCCAGAAGUCCUCCAACAAGCUGAUGGCUAAACUUUAUGAUAACUACAUCACCACUGAGAUGGCCUCUGAUCCGAAGUAUCAAACCAGACACAGGAAGAAAUCCCCUUCCUUCCAAACAGUCUCCCAGUUACACAAGGAGAAUCUGAAGAAGCUGAUGACGACGCUCCGCUGCACUCAGCCUCACUUCGUCCGCUGCAUCAUCCCCAACGAGACCAAGACUCCAGGUGUGAUGGAUCCUUUCCGGGUCCUCCACCAGCUGAGGUGUAACGGAGUCCUCGAAGGGAUCAGGAUUUGCAGGAAGGGCUUUCCAAACCGCAUCCUGUACGCUGAGUUCAGACAGCGUUAUCGCAUCUUGAAUCCUUCUGCGAUUCCGGAGGAUUCCUUCGUGGACAGCAGGAAGGCCGUGGAGAAGCUGCUGGGCUCCCUGAACAUCGACCACACCCAGUACAAGUUUGGACACACUAAGGUGUUCUUUAAGGCCGGUCUGUUGGGUCUGCUGGAGGAGAUGAGGGACACUCGUCUGUCUGAGAUCCUCACCGUGGUCCAGGCCAUGUGCAGAGGGAAGCUGCAGAGGAAACAACGAGAGAAGCUGAUACUGCAAAGAGAGGCUGUGAUCGUGAUCCAGUUCAACCUCAGAGCUUUCUUCACAGUAAGGAACUGGCCUUGGAUGAUGCUGUUCUAUAAGCUCCGCCCCCUGCUCAAGAGCGCCCAGGUUGAGAAAGAACUGGCUUCUCUGAACGAAGAUUUCACCAAACUUAAAGACGCCUUCGAAAGGUCGGAGGUGAAGCGUCAGGAGGCCGAGGUGAAGCAGGUGGAUUUGGUUCAGGAGAAAAAUGACCUGUCUCUGCAGCUCCAAGCUGAGCAAGACAACCUGUCGGACGCAGAGGACCGCUGCAACCAGCUGAUUCAGUCCAAAAUCUCUCUGGAGUCGAAGCUGAAGGAGAUGCAGGAGCGGCUGGAGGACGAGGAGGAGCUGACCGCCACACUGACGUCCAAGAAGCGCAAACUGGAGGAGGAGGCGAUAUCGCUGAAGAAAGACGUGGACGAUCUGGAGAUCACCCUGGCUAAAGUGGAGAAGGACAGACACGGACUGGAGAACAAGGUGAAGAACAUGUCCCAGGAGAUGUGUGUUCUGGACGAAUCGAUAGCGUCUCUGAGCAGAGAGAAAGCCGCCCUGCAGGAAGCUCAUCAGACGGCUCUGCACGACCUUCAGGCUCAGGAGGACAAAUGUAACAUGUUGGCCAAAGCAAAAACUCGACUCGAGCAGCAAGUGGACAAUGUGGAAGGUUCCUUGGAGCAGGAGAAGAAGAUAAGGAUGGAACUGGAAAGAACCAAAAGGAAGCUGGAGGGGGAUCUGAAGCUGUCUGUGGAUUCAGUGAAGGAGCUGGAGACCCAGAAGGAAGACUUGGAGGAUAGACUGAAAAAGAAGGACCAGGAGAUGAUCCAGCUUCAGUCUAAAAUGGAGGAUGAGCAGAGUGUGAUGGCUCAGCUUCAGAAGAAAGUCAAAGAGCUUCUGACUCGCAUCGAGGAGCUGGAGGAGUCGCUGGACGCAGAGCGGGCGUGGCGCACCAAGGCCGAGCGCCAGAGGAACGACAUCGCCAGAGAGCUGGAGGAGCUGGGAGAGAAGCUGGAGGAGGCGGGAGGAGCCUCUGCUGCUCAGAUCGCCCUCAACAGGAAGCGAGAGGCAGACUUCCUGAAGAUGCGGCGGGAGCUGGACGAGGCGGGGCUUCACCACGAGGUGACGGCCGCCACCUUGAGGAAGAAGCACUCGGACACGGUGGCGGAACUCGGCGAGCAGAUCGACAAUCUGCAGAGAACCAAACAGAAACUGGAGAAGGAGAAGACGGAGUUCAGGCUGGAGGCCGAUGACCUGGCCUCCAACGUGGAGCAGCUGUCCAGAGCCAAGGGAGCCGUAGAGAAGAUGUGCAGGGUUUAUGAGGACCAGCUGAAUGAGAGCAGGAGCAAAGCUGAGGAGCUGCAGAGACAACUGACAGAAGUCUCAACUCAGAAAGCACGAGCGCAAACCGACAUUGCUGAAUACAGCCGUCGUCUGGAGGAGCGGGAAGCUCUGAUUGGUCAGCUUCAGCGCUCGAAGGCGGGAGUUUUCCAGAACUCUGAAGAUAUGAAGCGGCAGCUGGAGGAGGAGAACAAAGCUCGUGCGGCGCUGGCUCACUCGGUUCAGUCGACCCGUCACGACUGCGGCCUCCUCAGGGAGCAGCUGGAGGAGGAGCAGGAGGCCAAGGCCGAGCUGCAGAAGGCCCUGUCGAAGGCCAACAGCCAGGUGGUUCAGUGGAGAGCCAAGUACGAGACCGAGGCCGUGAUGAGAAUAGAGGAGCUGGAGGAAGCAAAGAAGAAGUUGGUUGUCAAGCUGCAGACUAACGAAGAGGCUGUGGAGGCGUCUCAGGCCAAAUGUUCCUCGCUGGAGAAAACCAAACUGAAGCUCCAGACGGAGAUGGAAGACCUGGUGGUUGAUCUCGAACGCUCUAACUCGGCCGCUGUGGCUAUGGACAGGAAGCAGCGUAACUUUGACAAGUUGUUGAGCGACUGGAAGCUGAAGUUUGAAGAGUGUCAGUCGGACUUGGAGUCGUCACAGAAGGAGUCUCGCAGUUUGAGCACCGAGCUCUUCAAACUCAAGAACUGUUACGAAGAAGCUCUGGACCAUCUGGAGACGGUCAAACGAGAAAACAAGAACCUACAAGACGAGAUCCUUGACAUGACAGACCAGAUCAGUCAUGGAGGGAAGACCAUCCAUGAGCUAGAGAGGAUCAAGAAGAUUCUGGAGGUGGAGAAGAGCGAUAUCAGAGCAGCUCUGGAGGAGGCAGAGGCCAGUCUGGAGCACGAGGAGAGUAAGACCCUGAGGGUUCAGAUGGAGCUGCAGCAGGUGAGGACUGAGAUCGACCGCAAGAUCGCAGAGAAAGAGGAAGAAAUCGACAUCCUCAGGCGGGGAAACCAGCGUUCCCUGGACACCAUGCAGGCCAGUCUGGAGGCGGAGGUUCGAAGUCGCACUGAAGCUGUUCGUCUGAAGAAGAAGAUGGAGUCUGACCUGAAUGAGAUGGAGGUUCAGCUGGGACACGCCAACAGGCAGGCGGCUGAGAGCCAAAGGAUCAUCCGACACCUGCAGACGCAGGUUAAAGAGCACCAGGUGGAGCUGGAGGAUAAAGUCCAUUUGGCCAAUCAGCUGAAAGAACAGUUCCUCCUGUUGGAGCGACGCUGUUCUCUGAUGACGGCGGAGGAGGAGGAGCUCCGUAUGGUCCUUGAGCAGAACGACCGGGUCCGCAAGAUGGCCGAACACGAGCUGCUGGAGGUCGUAGAGAGAGUGAACAUGCUCUCCACACAGAACUCAGGUCUGAUGAACCACAAGAAGAAGAUGGAGGCCGAUCUGUCUGUGCUGACAGGAGAGGUGGAAGAGGCCAUACAGGAGAGGCGCAGCUCUGAUGAGAAAGCAAAGAAGGCCAUCACUGAUGCAGCUCUGAUGGCGGAGGAGCUGAAGAAGGAGCAGGACAGCAGCGGCAUGAUGGAGAGAAUGAAGAAGAACAUGGAGUCGACAGUGAAAGACCUGCAGGUGAAGCUGGAUGAGACGGAGCAGAUGGCGCUGAAGGGAGGAAAGAAGCAGCUUCACAAGCUGGAGACCAGGGUGAGGGAGCUGCAGACGGAGCUGAUGGUGGAGCAGAAGAAGAGCGACGAUUAUCAGAAAGGAGUCCGUCGUUACGAGAGAAGAGUCAAAGAGCUGACGUACCAGACGGAGGAGGACAGGAAGACUCUGCUCAGGAUGCAGGAGCUGGUCGAGAAGCUCCAGACCAAAGUCAAGAGCUGCAAGAGACAAGCUGAGAACGCUGAGGAGCAGGUGAGCGGUACUGCGGUGCGUUACAGGAAGGUCCAACACGAGCUGGACGACGCCGAGGAGAGAGCGGACAUCGCAGAGACGACAGUCAACAAGCUGCGGAUUCGAACCCGCGAACAAACCACCAAGGUCGCCCUGAUCACUGAAUGAAGCUCCUCCCACUCUACAGACGCCAUCGGUGUGUUUCUGGUGUUCGUGGCGUCGCGGUUUGAUUGCUGUGUUUUUGUGUGAUGUGUUUGUGUUGUAUAAUCCAGGAUCACGACUUAAAUCGGCAUCAUCUUCGGAUGGCGUCCGUGUCGGUCGGUUUCUCUGGUUCUCCACUGGAAAGCGUUUGAGUGAACUGGUUUGUACAGGAAGUGUCGAAGGCACGAGGACGUAGGAGAUCAGCAGCAGAGUCACGUUAACAGGUUUGUUGGGCAUCAGGGUUUCAGCAGUGAGUUCAGGCAGCUGCAGAUCAACAACAUGUGUCCGACCAGUGACUGUAAAUAAAGACAAGACGACACCUCACCAAUGUGAUAGGUCAAACGAUCUAGAUCGUAAAAUGGUAACCUCAUAUUUUGGCUUCAUUUUUGUUGACCAGGAGGAAGUGGAGACAUGUCAAUGAUCAUCUGUUUAUACAGACAUUGGUUAGGUUCUGUUCAAACCUGGUAUAAUAAUAACAUAAUAACAUUAUUCUCAGGUGAUCUUUUUAUCAUUAUUCUCUUGUUUCCAUCGGGGAAGUUGUUGUUUUUAACCAACAUGAGGCAGCAGUGAAUUCAAUGAGUAGAGGUAGAAAUCAAAUCAACACAGACUGGUGUUUGAUGACUUGUGAUUUCUCUCUGGGCUUUUAGAAAGUUUCAGACUCCGUGAAUAGAGACAACGUGUUGGUUACAAACUGAACUUCCUCUUUCACAGAGGAAGUCAGCAGGCGAUCUUUAGGUGUGGCCACGUUGAUGUGAACUAAUCAAAUCCUCCCGUUACGAAAUGUGAUUAGAUAACAAGCGACACAAAACUGAAAUAAAGCCCCUUUAAAUCUGUAUUAAAGCUGGGGGUUGGUCAUUUGAUUUUAUUUGCAUAAAUCCUCAUCACCUUCCGAUAGAAUCAAUAAAUAAAGUUGUCAUUCAAACCAAGUGGACUGAUUGGCUGGCGUAGCUGUCAGUCACUAGGUGGUGAGUGAGUAACGGAAAAGUAGUUUUCUAGCUUCUACCAGGCAGUGGGUGUUCCUGUGUUUUGGGGCGGAGCUUUGAUGAGAGGGGGUGGAGUCAGUCUGUGAAUCCUGCUGUUGCGUUUCCAGGACGUACAACCCCAGCUUGUGUUGUUAUAUUAACCGUGAACCUGAUGACUCUCUGGUGUUAGAACCUCUGUGGUGAACACACUGAGAUCAGAUCUGGAGCUUCCUGCAGGUUUUUAGCCUCUUUUAGCUUUUAGCUUCGAGUUGACUGUUCAGCUGCAAAUAGAAAACUGCAGGCAGCUGAAAUAAAGAGGAAAUAAAAAGACGAGACGAGAGCAGACACAGUCCGAGCAGCUGGAGAGAAUCAUUCAGCAGCUGAAGAGCCUGAUGUUCCUUCAGGAGGUGGAGAACAAACAGAGAUGAAAGAGAGGAGACACCACAAUGUUUAUCUGACGUCUGGAGGUGAACGAAUAAUAUUGUUACUAACAAAUGAGUCACAUCUACUUUAUAAUCCAAAGAUACAUCAGAAGUGUAUCUAUGAGUUUUCCUGUUUCCAGUCUGUACAUCUGAUCUGAUACUGACGAGUGGGUUUGACUCUAUUUGGUGAUUUUGCUCUGUGUAGUAAAAAAUAAAUAAAAAGGUUUGUGUCUGA